AUGUCGGCAUCCCUCCCCGGGAACCGCGAUCUCCCAGCCUCUCAAUAUGAUCUCUCCACGUAUUGGGGUCGUGUGCAGCAGUCGGCACAAAUAGCAGAUCCUAGGACACUCUUCGUUUCUGCCUCUGGACUUGAAAAUGCGAAGAAACUCGUCACAUCAUACAAGACGGGGGAGGCAAGGACCAUGACAUCGGAAAUAUGGCAAGCAAAGAAAAUCGUCGACUCGACGCUUCAUCCAGACACGGGUGAAUCAGUCUUCCUGCCAUUUCGAAUGUCCUGCUUUGUCAUCUCGAAUCUGGUUGUGACGGCAGGCAUGCUCACACCAAAUAUGACUACCACUGGAACAGUGGCAUGGCAAAUCAUCAACCAGUCGCUGAAUGUCGGGAUCAACAACGCCAACUCGAAUAAAUCCUCGCCCUUGUCCACCAAGACUUUGGUACAAAGCUACCUCCUGGCAGUUUCCGCAUCCUGCUCUGUCGCAGUUGGCUUGAACGCCAGCGUACCACGUUUGAAGCGAGUCUCGCCCAAUACCAAAUUGAUCCUGGGGCGACUCGUACCCUUUGCCGCCGUCGCCUCAGCGGGCGUUCUCAACGUGUUCCUCAUGCGCGGCGAGGAGAUCCGUCGCGGCAUCGACAUCUUCCCUGUAGAGUCAGCAGCGGAGAAAGCUGAGCGGGAGAAAUCCGGCAAAGAGGUCGCUAGCCUAGGCAAGUCCCGUAAAGCUGCUGUGCUGGCGGUUGGCGAGACGGCCAUCUCCAGAGUCCUGAACGCAACCCCAAUUAUGGUCAUCCCACCCCUGGUGCUUGUGCGCCUACAGAAGACGGAAUGGCUGAAACAACGGCCCAGAAUGACCCUACCUAUCAAUCUCGGGCUCAUCCUGACAACUAGUAUCUUCGCGCUACCCCUGGCACUCGGCGCGUUUCCCCAGCGCCAGGCAAUCAAUGCCAGGAGCUUGGAGGAGGAGUAUUGGGACAAAGGUGGCGAAGACGGCAUGAUUGAGUUCAAUCGUGGCAUAUGA